GCACUUUUCGAGUAUUACAACCUCCGAGCGAGAGCCAGGAAAAACCACUUAAAACUUCAUUUUUACUGCUGCUAAGCUUCCCUGUCACCUGCAAACAUGUCUGCUCCGUCAUGUGAGAACGCCGACCGUCUGAACAAAUUCAAGAACAAAGGCAAAGAUGCCAAUGAGCUUCGACGCAGGAGGGUGGAGGUGAACGUGGAGCUCCGAAAGGCGAAGAAAGAUGACCAGAUGUUCAAAAAGAGAAAUGUGGCAGUGUUUCCUGACGAGGCCACUUCCCCUCUGCAGGAGAGGACCCAGAACUGUCAGGCGUUCAGACAGUGGACGGUGGAGGAGAUCCUCACUGGAGUGAACAGUGGAGACGCAGAGACUCAGCUGCAGGCCACUCAGGCAGCACGGAAGCUCCUCUCCCGGGAGAAGAACCCCCCGAUCAACCAGCUGAUCAGCGCGGGUCUCAUCCCGAGGUUCGUGUCCUUCCUGAGCCUGGUGGAUUCCCCCCCCAUGCAGUUUGAAGCGUCCUGGGCUCUCACCAACAUCGCCUCGGGGACCUCAGAGCAGACGGCAGCCGUGGUGGAGGGGGGGGGCAUCCCCGCCUUCAUCGGCCUGGUCAACUCCCCCCACCAGCACAUCAGCGAGCAGGCCGUGUGGGCGCUGGGGAACAUCGCCGGCGAUGGCUCUGCCCUCAGAGACCAUGUGAUCAAACACGGAGCCGUCCUCCCUCUGCUCAGCCUGCUGGCCGUGCCCGACCUCUCCGUGCUCACUGUGGGCUACCUGAGGAACGUGACCUGGACCCUCUCUAACCUCUGCAGGAACAAGAACCCGUCCCCCCCCCUCGCAGCCAUCCAGCAGAUCCUGCCUGUGCUGGUGCGUCUGCUGCACCACGAGGACCGGGAGGUGCUGGCCGACACCUGCUGGGCCGUGUCCUACCUGACGGACGGCUCCAACGACCGCAUCGAGGUCAUGGUGCAGACCGGGCUCAUCCCCCGCCUCGUCAAGCUGCUCGGGUUCGAGGAGCUGGCCGUCGUGACCCCGGCGCUGCGAGCCCUGGGGAACAUCGUGACGGGGACAGACGAGCAGACGCAGGCGGUGCUGGACUCCGGAGCCCUCGCCAUGUUCCCCGCGCUGCUGCGCCACAAGAAGGCCAACAUCCAGAAGGAGGCGGCCUGGACGCUGUCCAACGUGACGGCCGGCAGGGACUGCCAGAUCCAGGAGGUCAUCGACGCCGGGCUCGUGCCCCUGCUGGCGGACGUGCUGCUCCGGGGUGACUAUAAAACCCAGAAGGAGGCGGUGUGGGCCAUCACGAACUUCACCAGCGGGGGGUCCGUGCAGCAGGUGGUCUACCUGGUGCAGGCCAACAUCCUGGAGCCGCUGCUGAACCUCCUCUCCUCCAAGGACAGCAAGAUCAUCCUCGUCAUCCUGGACGCCAUCACCAACAUCUUCAUGGCUGGGGAUAAAAUCGGCGAGUCCGAAAAGCUGAGUCUGAUGGUCGAAGAGUGCGGAGGACUCGACAAGAUCGAAGCCCUGCAGAAUCACGAGAACGAGAUGGUCUACAAAGCUUCCCUCAACCUGAUCGAGAAAUACUUCUCUGACGAGGACGAGGUGGUUCAGUCUGUGGUUCCCGAAGUGACCGAUGACGGCUAUGCAUUCCAGAUCAGUGAAAACCAAAGCACAAGUUUCAACUUCUAGAGACUUUCUGAUUUCCACUUCUUCUCUACACUUUACUGUACCCUCCUGUUUGUCUCCAUCUGUGGAGUUUCCUGUAUGUGUUGUACAUACUGUUUUAAUGUGACAAAACAUGACUGUAAAUAAAGUUGUUUGUACCACUAGCAA